AUGCUAAGGAGGCUUGUCAAUACCAUCAGCUGUUGCCAGCUCUUAAGACAAGAUUCCUCAGCUGAAGUGUCCAACCCAGAAGCUUCAAGAGCAGACCAGCCACCUAGGCAGCCCAAAGAGAAGUCUGUGGCCAGCAAUUUGUCCCUAGCUGCUUCCUCUGCUCCUCUGAAGGAACACCUGCUGCCCAAAGAUUCUAGAAUGUCACCUGUCCUGCUGAAUGGCCCAGCUUCUAUUGAGUCACAGUGGCCUGGGAGUGCCUCUCAGCCACCAGAGACUUUGACUCCUGGAAGGUGCUGUUCACCCCCAUUGGCACCUUCCCACCCUUCUCAUUCUCCUGAUCCUGGGGCAUAUACUCCAUCAAUGCCAUAUCCCAGGAUGGUGGGUCUUCAGUGUGACCCCACAGCACUGGAAACCCCACAGAGCAUGCCUCUGCCAGAUUUGCCUUCUCCCAUGCCAAUGUCAUCAGUCCUCAACUACUCGAGAAGGUCUAACCAAAUCACAACAGACAUUAACCACAUGAGCAGGCCAAGCAUGUCCAUCCAAGGCCUUGACAACUCAUGCAGGCCUGCCCCAAACACCGCAGGCCUUAAAUAUGCAACUAGGCAUUCCCCAACAACACCAGGCCUCAACAACACAUGUAGACCUACCUACACCUCUGCAGGCCUUAACUCAUGCAUGCCUACCCCAAAUAUACCAAGUCAUGAGUGCUCAAGCAGGCCUACUUGCACAAGUCCAGGCCUUUUCCACUACAGUAGGCAUACCUCCAACACCCCAGAAUUUAACACCUCAAUUAGGUCAAACUCUACCACCCAAGGCCUUAAGAACUUUAGAAACCCUACCUUAACAGCUCCAGGAUGUGAAUAUUCAAGUAGGCCUACUUCUACACCUGGCAAACUUGACAGCUCAAGCAGGCCUCCCUCAAGAAGUCCAGGCCUUAAUAACUCCAAAGAACCUCCCUCAUCCUCUCCAAGAUUUAUCAAUUCAAAUAGCCCUACAUCACCUAACCUAGGCCUUGCCAACUCAAACAGGCCUGCCACAGGCCCUCCCUGGUCCAAUAUAUCUGCCCAGUUCCGGUGCCAAUCCAUCUCUUCACAUAGUGAUUCAUCACAAGAUUGUCUUUCUAUCAGCCUGGAAGAGGCCUCAUUCUGGAAAGGCCCCACAUACCGGCAUAUAUUGGCUGGGGAGCCAACAUUCAUCAAUCCUGCUGUACAGGAGAUGCUUGAAGUCCAGAUCAGUAAGAGGGUGCAUCUCAAAGUAUGGAAGGAGAACGGAAAGAAACGAAGUGAUGAUGUCUUGGGCUGCAUGGGUGGUAUGCUGGAGUCCUGGAGCAGCAAGCAGAAUAUCACCACUUCACACCCAUUUUGCAGUAGAAACUGCCAAUCUGAACAGCUGGCAGGAAACCAUCAAAUCUAUUACCAAAAGGUAUCUGGCAACCAUGUCCAGAUGACAUGUAGCCAGUUUUUCUGGGGCCUCCCCUUCCUACACAGUGAAUCCAUUGUGGCUACAGUCAAUAUGGUACAGUCUUCACUAGAUACCCCCUCCAUCUUUUUCAAUGGUCUUACCCCAUACACCGCAAUACAAAGUAAGUCGGACAUACCUGCACAGCUCAUUUCUCUCAAACCCUUGCCUCAUCAGUUGAUCCAAUCUCAUCCUGUAAUUCCAAAGAUGUCUGACUCCCCAUCACCAGUGGCUGGCAACCUAACCCAGGCCUGUAACCCAACCUCUGAUCCAAAGCCACAAUGCCAUUCACCUCCAGUUAGAAACAAUGGGGUUUCUUACUCUAAUGCUUCAAGAUACCAACUUAGUGACCCACCAGCUAUUGAAGACCUAGAGAAGCACCUCAUGAAGAAACAAGAAGAAAGUAGGAACAAUCUGCCAGAUAGGGUUAAAAAGUCACAUGAAGCAUUCCUUGAAGGCACUUCAAAACAUUGUGUUUCCAAGAACCAGAGAUCUCAUUUCCACUUCCCUGGUGAAAUCCUUGACCCUGAGCUCCAGCAGCACCUAGAGCAACACUUAAAAAAGCGAUUCUAUCAACUGCAUGGUCAAUGGCCAAAAAGGGUACACCCACCGCUGAACCUGAUAAAGUGUCAGGAGGAACCCAUUGGAAUUGGUCAGACUGAGGUGAAUUAUGUGAAUUCAUGUCCCUCGUCAGUGACAGAUGACACCACCCAAUAUCCACAGAGUGACUCAUCAACCUUUUCAGAGAUAGCCCAAUCACCGAUGGAACCAUCUAAGGAUCUGACCAACUGUGCUUCAACAAUACAGAAAGAUCUGGUUAGGAGCCCAAAAAAUUCCCUGGGCAAAGAUCUAGAGAUUAUCUCCAAUGCAGAGGUGGAAUCCAGCUACCUGAGACACCAAAGAAUUGAACCACCAAGUGUUUCAGCAGAGGUACACAGAAAGGAGCUUCCAAAAGGCAAGCUGCCAAUCCACUCAAGCAGUAAGUGGAAUCAUACAGACAACAGUAAGAUGCCCCUGGAAAAAACAUCCUGUCAUAAUUUGACCCCUUGCAAGAAUGAUUCUAAUGGGCCUUCAUUCCUAGAUCCUGGCGCACAAAAAGUUCUGGAUGCACAUCUUACCAGACGUCUGGUGAGACACCGGUGGGGCCUGCCCCUCAGAUGCCUCAAGAUCAUACAGGUUUUUACCAUGACUAAGGCUGCAUCUUUGCCGUUGUCUUGGCCCUCUAAUACCUCUUUGUCCUUUGGCGAUUCUAGAAAUGAUUCCAUUCCCCUGAAAGCCAGUGUCCAUGGUGAACCUUUUCUACCAGCCCAAGAAGAGAAAGUUCUGAAAGAGGAUUCUACUGUUGAAUCCACAAAGCACCCUCUUGCUGAGAUUCAGCUGGAAUUCCCAAGAGCUAGUCUUCACAGUGACAACUCUGGACCCUCUGAGACCUGUGCAACUAUCCACGAAGAUAGUUUGACUUCAGGGUCCACCCCACAUAGUCUCAUAGGCAGAGCCUGGCACUGUAAUAAUCUUCUUAAAUCACAGACAAGCAACCCAGGGUCAACUCCAGGCCUAAUCAAGGGUAUGGGUCAGUCAUCAGACAGUGAGCAAGUGCCAUUAGGAAUUAUACACCAAGGUGUGUCAGUUAGGAACAUCAGCACGACAUCACAAUCACCCAGCAGCAGGAAUACCAGGGAGCUAGAGGAGGUAGAGGAGGAAGAGUCCUGUGACAGGGCACUCACUAUGAUAGCUCAAGAAGUGGCUAACUCUCCAACCAAAAACAAACAUCUGAGAGAUUUUAAAUCUCUGGAGACCAUUGGAAGUCCAUCUACCUCAAGAACUAUUGAUAAGGUCCCAGAAGUCUCAGGUCUGCACAGCCGUCACUGUUCGGCCUCUGGUGUGGUCCUGCAGGACUGUGCCACUGGGACUUUCCUCCGUGACUGUGCUCCUGAGGUUCUGUUAGCUGCUGACAUUCUGGCAUCCAGGGCCUCCCAGUCCAGCCACAAGAAUGUGUCAACUACAAGAAAGUCAAGCUGCCAGCACAGGCACCAUUUCCCAUCAAGGGGAGGAACUGUUCCCGUGAUUUCUAAAUCCCAGGAACCGUGUACCAACCACAACUUCAGUACAAAUAACCAAAACGAAUAUAGAAGUCCCAGACAAACACUGUAUCAUUCAAGGACAAGGCCUUCUCAAGUCUACAAUUCACAGAAUCAGGGAAAGAAUUUGGGGGAAAAGAUCAAAAGCUUUGUAUUUUCAAUUUUUAAACCAAAAGAGAAAGUGAUGGAGAACCCAAGGCCAAAAAUCAGGGUCUUAUCAUCCCCAAUCCAAAGCCAAGGGGCCGUUGUGAAUAGACUAUUUGUGCCACAGCAGGUCGAUGAUGCAAAGGACCUCAUGACCAGUGCUGCAUGGGUUGCAGAGGAAAAACAGAAAAUUCAUUGUAGGUGUGCCUCUUCCGUGAAUUAUCAGGAAGCACCCAAAGCUUCAGGGGGAGGGCACAUCUGCCGGCACAGGAUUCGUACUGCCGAAUCAAAGAUAACACAAAGAAACACUAGAUCUAUUCAAGUUUGUCCCAAGGUAAACAUCCAUCCUUCCACGGACAAAUCAAUGUUCUAUCGUAACAAAGGCACCGAGUUGUUGAGCCCACAUGUGCCCCAAGCUGCCAUAUAUCAUCCCAUGGAACAGGCACCACGGGUCACAGGAAGCCCUCGGGUCCAUUGUCCCAGACACUGCAGCUAUAGAAAUGCAAUUUAUGGAAAAGAAAAUGCUUUUCCUAAAUUGGAGCAAUUAAACAUUUAG